AUGAGAAUCAAGGCUUUUCUUGUGAUGGUCUCGACUGCCUCCGCUGCUCUGAUCGAAAGACAGCUUGGUGGUGGCUGGUGGGAUGCAAACUGGACUGGGCCUCGUGGCGCUGACGGGUGUCCUCAGUUCCAGCAUGUAGCCGUCUUGUCUGUCGAUGGCUCGCACGCCAGUGACAUCGAUAAGUGGCUGUCAUUGAAGCCUUCGUCCAACAUUCCAAUGAUGCUCCAAUCGGCGUAG